UUGAACACUAACCGCGUACAUGACGAAGGAAGGUGUCCAUUCUGCCUGUAUCCCCACAUCUGCAAAACGUUUUUCGUAGCUACACAAGUGGAUGAUGAGAGAUUCUCCCCAAGAAAACAAUUCGAAUCCUUCAAACAUACGUGAACCUGAAUCAAACCGCGAAGCCAUUAGCAAAGAUGGGCUUCAACUGUUACAAAAGAUCAUCCAAGAUCCAAAGCUAACACAAGAUAGACGCAAGGCGAUAUUAAGUGAGACACUGGUGCGAGUUAAUAAGCGAAUAGGAACCCCUCUCGUCGUAGCAGCGCUUAACAACUUAAUUCAAGUUGUCGAGCUCAUUAUUAAAUACGAUUUAGUGGACUUAGAGCAAACUUGUUCUAUUGAUUUUGAAGAUGGGACAAGAGCAGAAGGUGUUACGGCGCUGUGGGCUGCUGCUCUCUCUAAUCAUUUAGACAUCGUCAAACUUCUGGUUCUAAACGGUGCCGAUCCGAAUCAUCUUACAAGCUCCAAUUCAUCCCCCCUACGAACUGCCUGCUUUAGAGGAUGGAAAGAUGUCGUAUUGUGUUUGUUAAAUUACGGUGCAGAUGUGAAUAUCGUGAACAGCCAAGGUAGUUCUUGCUUGAUGGCGGCAGCUUACAAUGGUCACAGAGACAUCGUGACUGUAUUGAUCAACAGAGGCGCUCAUUUGAACUUCAAAGACAAAAAAGGAAAUACAGCCCUUCACUACGCCGCCGAACGAGGUCAUCUACAGGUAGUCAAAAUCUUAAUCAAACUGGAUGCACAAGUUCUGUUGAACAACGAAGGAUUAUCCCCACUGAAACUAGCCUGCAAUGGUUGCCAGGAUGAGGUGAUGAAGUUCUUUGUCCUUCGCCCACAAAUUACAAGAUACGAGAUAAUCGAAGCUUUGGAGCUGCUCGGCGCUACCUAUGCGAAUCACCCAGAAAAAUGCAACAUAAAUAAAGCAUACAAACUGUUAUGGACAGCGAUGCAGCACAGGUACAAAGAUCCCGACGGUGAUGUACUCCAUAAGUUCGUGCGUCCACCUGUCAGAGCCUAUGGUUAUCGCUUCGAAUGCCAAACACCAGAGGAACUUGCCAAAAUACAGGACAACCCAUAUGCUAUUCACAUGGAAGGAUUAAUCGUCCGUGAAAGACUCCUUAGGACAAAAAAUGUAUCAGUUCCAGUGCACAUCCGAUACAGGGGAGCUUGUUAUGCAGAUAAGGGAAAAUUCGAGGAUGCUUUAGAGCUAUGGAAGUACGCUGCUAGGCUUGACCAAAGAAAUUCCAUCAACAUUUUUGACCAGCUUUUUCGUAUCGGAAAACUUAUGGCGCAAAUGAUCAAACAAGAACAACAGGUGACGUUUGUCCACAUAGAGGAAUUGUUCGCCAUGCUUUUGAGCGAUGUCGAGAAGAUAAGCGGAGAGAUGGAAAACAACAAGGGCAACUCAAAGAGAGCUGAGAGCAGAGACAGGAAAAAUAACUCCCCGACAAAGGAAGAAAUACAAAAGAUGUUGGAACAAACCCAGCUCAUCACUCUUAUUUUCCUUGCUGUCAUGUUGGAGCUAGAGUUGUCGAGGAAAGAACAGAGAAGAUGCAUGAAACACAUUAGGAGGUUCAUUCAUUUUGAACGAGAACUGUGCCAAGGUAGGAACACUUUACUUCAUUUAGCCGUCUCUAAAGACACCUUUCGGAAGGAUAAAGAACUUAGUAGUGUAAUUAAGCUACCAAGUGUGGAAAUGACAAGGGUUUUGAUAGAUGCUGGCGGUGAUGCUAAUGCCAAGAACCAAAAAGGUAGCACGCCUCUUCAUGUGAUCGCAUCGUUCACAAAAGAAGACCCUGAUAGCAAGAGGACUAGCACCAGCUCGGCACAGAUUGAGAUUAUCGAAGAUUUGUUGAUGGCAGGAGCAAACAAGUACGCCGAGAACAAAGAGUCGUUAACACCAGCCGACUAUGCACAACUGGAACAAAUCAAAACCCUAAUUUCUAAAUUUUCUAGUGAUCCAUUUGCAGAAGGCUACUAGCUAAAAAGAUCUACAUUGUGUCC